CGCGCGACCGGGGCGUGAUAUCCGAGGCGCUGGGCGACGCCGCCGCCGCCGCCGCGCGGGUAUAGAGGAAUCGCGCGGCGAGCGCGGCGCGCGUUCCACCCCUCUUCCGAGGGACGCGGCGCCCUCGGAGGAGGAUCGCGCCCCCGAUUUUUCCGAGUCGCACACGAGGGGCUCUCGUCGCGGUACGCUGGUCGCGUGCGGGCCCCGGCUUGACGUGCCGAGGGUGCGAUUCGAUUAUCGAUCACGGAUCCGCGAGGGAGCAGCGCGCGCGGCGCGAGAAUGCCCGCGGAGGAAGCGACGUGGAAUCCGGCCGCGGAGUCGGGACUGCGGGAAACGGUGCCGGUUCGAUAGAUUGAUGGACCUGCCGACGAGAAUCCGAUCGCGUCCGCCACCAUGCAUCUGCACUUCGAGAAGAACAGCAACGCCAAGUGCGACUGCAAUAUCUUGUCGCUCAGCUGGAUGGGGAAAGUGCCGGACGAGUCGCCGGAGGACGAAGGAUGGCAGCUCGAUCGUAUAAAUUACUAUCAAGAAGGAUGGUUAGCCACCGGCAACGCCCGCGGCUUGGUAGGAGUGACUUUCACCACGUCGCAUUGUCGCACCAGAGUCGCGGAACUUCCACUCAGGGCGAAUUACAACCUCCGGGGGCACCGUAGCGAAGUGAUACUUGUCAAAUGGAACGAACCCUACCAAAAGUUGGCCUCGUGCGACAGUUCGGGUGUAAUCUUCGUCUGGAUCAAAUACGACGGGCGAUGGAGUAUAGAAUUAAUCAACGACCGAAACACACCUGUUACGCAUUUCUCCUGGUCCCACGACGGCCGCAUGGCUCUUAUAUGUUACAGGGACGGCUUUGUGCUGGUCGGCAGCGUCGCCGGUCAGAGGUACUGGUCGUCGAUGCUCAACGACAAGGCGACGAUAACUUGCGGCAUUUGGACCCCGGACGACCAGCAGGUCUAUUUCGGGACGACCGCGGGCCAGUUAAUCGUGAUGGAUGUUCACGGAGCUAUGGUGUCGGAGGUGCAAUUAGCGGCCGGGGUUACGUCGAUGGCCUGGAGCGCCGAGAAGUUCACGAUGGAGGAGGAUGAGACGUGCGAUCGGUCUCAGAAAGAUGACCGGAACUACGUGCUGGCCGUCUGCCUCGCCGACGGCAACAUCGUUAUGCUACGGUCGUUCGAUGACGUGUCGCCGAUUACGAUACGCAGCAAUCUGAAGCCGCCCUUGCACGCCGAGUGGAGCAACUCGAGGAAACUGUUGGCCAUCGCCGGCACGAAGGAGUCGUUCGACCAGGCCAGUUCGCAGGAGUACACGAAUCUCCUCAAGUUUUACUCAGUCAACGGCACUCUCGUAUACACGACGGAGGUCCCGUACACGCAGUGCCCCGUAUCGGCGUUGACGUGGGGCCACAACGACAGGCGGCUCUUCGUGGCGACCGGAGCGCGGGUCCACGCCGCAUGGGUCUCCAGGAGGGUCGGCUCGCUCCAAUUGUUGUCGAGGCUGGCGGUGAGGGCGGCUCUCACGAGGGAAUCGAGUGUUCAACAUCUUCCAUUACCGCCGCGAUUGAGGGCCUCGGUGGCCGCCCUUUUCGCUAAUACGAUACGAUGCUCUGUACCGGAGCCGAGAGAGCUGCGACGCUUCGUGUCAAGGCCGCCGCCGGGAGGCAGCCGGUUGCACUGCACCAUGCUCCGACACGCCGUGGAGCCUGUGCCUUGCUACACGCUGUAUCUAGAGUACCUAGGUGGUCUCGUGCCACUGCUGAAGGGCAGACGGACCAGCAAGAUCCGGCCGGAAUUCGUGAUAUUCGAUCCGCAGAGUCAAGAGACUCUGCAGGUGUUCGACGAUUUGUCGCAGUGCCCGUCGUACAGCGACGGCUCGGACACCGAGAAGGAUACCGCGGAUCUGUGCGGAUCACCCCGCUACAGGAAGAAGAACAGGAAGAGACGGGAGGAGAGGACGGGCGACGAAACGACGGAGCGGGAGGAGAAGCCGAACGAUCUCUCGUACGUGGAUACGUUGCCAGAGCACGCGAGGCUGGUCGAGGUAACGUCGAACAUCUGGGGCACGAAAUUCAAGUUUCACGGCUUGGCAGAUUCGGUUCCCGCCAACCUAGGUCAGGUAACAUAUCGAACGUCGUUGCUGCACCUGCAACCCAGGCAAAUGACGCUGGUAAUGACGGAGCUCCGGGACGACUUGCCCUCCGGUCCAGAUCCGACGUUCAACCCCAAUCUGUUCUCCGAGGACGAGGAGGAGUCGUACCAGGAGGCAAGCUCGCGGGCCACGCCGGAGGCGCAACCGCCGCCGAUCGCGCCGAUGACCCCCCGUAACGCUCGGCUGAACCACCCGAAUCGACCCAAGUCUCAGAUUUCGAAUCAGUUCCUGGCGUCGGAGGCCCUGCCGACGUCGCUGGGGAAGAUCGAGAGCUACGAAAGCGAGUACGUCCCGUAUGUGGAUCUGCAGGACAUGGGCAAUCUGUACGAGAACAUCAGAAACGCCCCUACGAACACCUACCGGACGCCGCCGAGGCACAAUCCGCCGAGGUGCUGCGACGUGCCGGCCUUGCAGUCGCCGAAAAACGCGGUUGCGCCCACGCAAACGCUAAUAGCGACCUCGAACGCGGGCGCCGACUACGCCGGCAGCAUUCAGAGGAUGAAGAACGCCCUCGCGGAUCAGCAGGCGGGCAUGGCGACGAAGAAGGAACUGGAGAACAAUAAGCUCAAUCAAAUCUCCCAGGACGACAAACCGUGCCUGACGUCGGCCUGCGCGACGAACAUCAUUUCCGUGUCCAUGCAAAACGGUCAGGCCUUGAACGCGGAGGCGUCGAGCAGUCGAUACAUCUCUCAGGGCCCGGUUUUGAACGGUCUGGAGAAUAUCGAUUGCGCCUCGGCGCAGACCGUGUAUCUGAAUGGUCUAAAUAAUAUGGGGUGCGCGAGCAACGUUCUGACCACGCCGCACCCCGUCAGCGGCGUCCAGACCACGAUGUCGCCGAGCGCUCAUAGUUUUGUACAUAGUAAGAAUAAUCAAAAUAACGGCUCGAGUACGGCAGUCGUCAAUACGACGUCUUCGAAUAGCGCUCAAGUCGGGCAAGCCUCGAGUCUAGCUCUUAAUAAGAACGGCAUACACGGAGUUGUUUCGCCGGCGUGUUCCUAUCAGUUCCCGGAGAAUAUCGAUCAGUGCUUCGGGUCGUCGUGUUCGCAGUGUUUCUCAAAGCACAAAGACCCCAAGUGCCACGUGUGCUACGGAAAGACGAAUCCCGGCUACGUCAACGCCGGGACGCUCGUUAAACUAGACGAGGACUUGAUGCGAUUCAGCGACGACGAGGCACGCGGCGGUAUAGAGGCGUUGGAGCAGUCACGUGGCGUUCAUAGAACUCCGACUGUCAUCAGCAUCGGCCCGAUGUGCUCCAACGACUCGAUAGUGCGUAGCUGCAGCGUCGGAUACCUGGACCUGGUGGACGCCCAAUUAGUCCCGUGCGACGUAGCCCUGCGAAUGCUGCGCAGAGACGCGCCGAACAAGAGGCUGGUGCUGGUGUCGCGGAAAACGAAACGGCGGAAAAGGGCCAAGCCUCAGCACGACGUGAGCCAGCCGAGCUCGAAGCCGCCCAGGCUCCGCAACUGCGGCAAGUCCAAGAGUCUCGAUUCCAGCGACAUAUUUCCGAGUAACGAGCAGAUAUCCUCCCCGCCGCAACUGCCGGAACACGUGGAGGAGGCAACGGGGCCGAUCAAUUCCGAGGUUACCGAGAAUGGCGUGGCGGAGCGCAACGAAUCGGCAGAUUCGCCGAAGGAUAAGACGCGCGAGAUUGCCGACAAACGCGAGGAAGGUAACGAAAGUAACGUCGCUCGUGAGGCUCAGACUAGGGAGAAACCGGGCCGAUUGGAGGCCGCCGCGUCACCCGUCAAAGGAUCGAGCCCGAGUGGGUCCUUCGCUUCCUCGCUCGACGGUCUCGCCGCGAGACUUCGCGAUUUCGACGAUAAUCAUUCUUUGCCACCUCCUUCUCCUCGACCAUCCUCAAGAUUACCGAGAAGCUCACCUAGUAGCCCAGCACCAUCUAAGAAAGGCAAGAGACCGGCGUCGGCCUCUCCGAUCCGAAGGAGACUCUUGUCAAGUCCGUUGCUGAACAGAAGAAUGAGAAAGAGUCGCGGCGAGAGCUCGGAUGAGGAAGGACUCCUUCAGGACGAUUCGUCGACGGCGAGUUAUCGGGACCUAGAAACGUUCCAGAAAGCCCAGCUACGUCAGAAGCUCAAGCAGAGAGGAAUGGGAAUUUCUGGCUCCAAGCCGGAAGCGAUAAGGCGCGAUGCACAAUUGGUGAUGCACAACAAGGCGCCCAUGUGGAACGAGUCCAGUCAAGUGUACCAACUCGAUUUCGGCGGUAGGGUGACUCAAGAAAGCGCCAAGAAUUUUCAGAUCGAGUUCAGGGGCAGACAGGUGAUGCAAUUCGGAAGAAUAGACGGCAACGCGUACACGUUGGAUUUCCAAUAUCCGUUCAGCGCUUUGCAGGCGUUCGCCGUUGCCCUGGCGAAUGUCACGCAACGGCUUAAGUAACUGUCGCUCUCCAACACGUCUAAAUUAUACAGUGAACAAUUAUAAGAAGCUGCGAGAUGAAGCCUGCACUCGAAGACGUUUAACAGUCGAGGAGUCGCGGAAGAGUUGGAGCCUCAAUGAACAGGAACGAAAGUUCGCGGGAAGUUUCGGUCGCCGGGAUCGUGCGAGACUUGGUUCGCCAGUUCGCGAAUUGUCCAGUGAGAAUGUAUCGGUGAAUGUCUUUCGACGGCGCUGAAUUUUUCAACCGCGCGUCGAUCCUAAGCCACGGCCGGAAGGGAUCGCGCAGCCGGAAAUCGCUGGUGCUUGCCGAAGCGGGCAAAUCGAUGUGCAAUGGGAUUUACGCUAAUUCGCGAAUGCGGUUGCGAGCGGUUUGAAUUUGAGCGGAACACAAAGAUUUUGCGGCAGCUAUGUAACGUUUCGUUGAACGCUUCUUCGUCGUACCGUCCAAAAUAUUUCGUUUCUCCCAACUUCGAGCGCUCAUUUUGUAUAGUUUAUGCGACACGUUGGAGUCUAGUGACGCUGUUAAAGGUUCACCUCGUUCAUUUUUGCGGUCCGCCGGGUGUGUAUUCGAAUUUUAUAUACAUAUACUAUAUGCUGACAGACUCGCGCGUGCGGGCGACAGUUUCAUGUUGUUCAAUUAAAUGUUUCUUAACGCGUAUGGUGGAAAUAACGAUAAUAAUAGUAACGAUAAUGAUAACGAUAAUAAUAUUAAUAAUAAUAAUAAUAACGAUAAUAAGAGUAACGAUAGUAACGUAACAUUUGACGUCCGGCCUGUAACGUGGUCUUCGCCAUUAAUGAUAACAGGACAGACUAAUCCUAAGGAGAGGGAUUGAAAGGUCACGGCGAGCGAAAGUAUGCACGUGUAUAUGCGAGUGUAUGCAGCGAGAUAAACGUCGUUCUAAGGGUCUAUCCAGACAAACUUGCAUAGCGCGUAAACGUAUGCGCAUGGAAUCGCGUUGGACCAUAACUGCACGCAUAAGGUCAAUCCGUUUCUUUAUGGAUGCGCUUGAGCACCUGUGCAAGUUUGUCUGGACCUUGAUACUUUAAUCCUUAAUCCUUAGUCGCAUGAUCACCGUGGUGCUCACUUCGUCGGUCCCGAUAUCGCGAACGCGAUCGAUAUCAGGCCUAUUAGGUACAAAGAGUGCUGCUACCCCGGUCGAGCGACGAGAGGGGCGUCCGAAACAGAAAGGACGUAACGUCGCGUAGGCAUGUAACGCCACAGCGUGCAGAUCGUCGAGGCAGUAACGCGAGAUACCGCCGUGCGAAUUUCAGGAUCGCGCAAUCCGCGACGGACGGACUCGAGGCUCUCUCGUAUCGUUUUUUCAAAAUGCAAAUUCGAGACUCCUUUCAAACGCCUAUGCAUUAACGAUACCGAAAUGUCCGAGUACCAAGUGCAAGUAUCCACGUGCUCGAGCCACAAACUUCUAUAACUACUAGACUCUUGCCUCGCUUUUCAGCUCGAAGGUAGCGGUCUGCUAGUAUGUAGAAGUCCGUGGUUCGAGCACGUGCUACCCGCGGAAGUGAGCGUCUGCUUAUCGUCCAAGUGUACGGUGACGGGCAAAAUGGUCGUAGCACUUUUUAAACGAAUUUAAGAACGCGCGUGUAGAUUCAGGGAUUCGAUCGUGAAUCUUUUCCUCUAGCGUGAACUCGUGCAAAGUGAAAACUUUCAUUGACGAAUAUUGAAUUCUUCAAUGAAACUUUUCACUUGUCACGAGUUCACGCUAGAUGAAAAGAUUCGUGAUCGAGCCCCUGGGUUACGUUCCAAGACAUUUUCUCUGAGGAAAAUUUUACUCGAGAAAUAGACCGGAAACGCUCCAAAUGGUUUGGAAUGGCCAUCGAGUAAAACGUUCCUCGACAAGAAGAUUUUGCCACGUAAACCUCAAUCUAAGUGCACUUAUUUAAAAGAAAAACGUGUCGCCAUUAUGUCCAUCACUGUACCGACAAUUCGCGAAUAUUCUGACACCUGGACCAGUUACAGUCCGUUUCUGAGAACUUCGGACAUCCUGGUAUCUCAGCACUGAAUAUCAUCCUACUUUACACCGCGUCUUCACGCUGCAUUUGUAUACUGAGAAAAAGUUUCAUUCGGAUAAACCAAUCAAGCAGCGUUUCCGAUAGUUAAUAUUUCCGAUUAAAUUGCGGAUACGUUCGAUAAAAUGCAGUUACCGAUGAAAUUUU